CGCGAAGACGUUGACUAUCGCUUGGACAUUCCCAGCUGAUUCUGUUUCGUCGCUAUAGUGUUCUUGCCUGUGCAAGUCGUUUCGUCUUCCAAAUCAUCCGAUUAUAAAGAUGACUGGAACUGUAUCUUUUGGAGUUUUCGCCUUAGCGCUGACAGUGACAAGCUGCUUGGCGGCAAUCAAUGAAGUGAAAACCAACAACCCCGUUACACAGAAGCCUGGUCGUUUCCUCAGCUUGCCUGUCCCUCAGAAAUGUAGUCAAAGACCGAAAGAAUUCACGUACAAAGGACGUAAUUACUUCUACAGUGGACACACACAACAGUACAAGACAUCGAAAGUAGAUUGGUUAGAAGCAAGAAAUAUCUGCCGAGAAUACUGCAUGGACCUCGUGUCGAUUGAAACUCAAGAAGAAAACAAUCUCAUCUUCCGACUUAUCCAACAAAACGACGCGCCGUACAUCUGGACCAGCGGGCGGCUGUGCGACUUCAAGGGCUGCGAGAACCGGUCGGACCUGGAGCCGAAGAACGUGAACGGAUGGUUCUGGUCGGCCACCCGGGGCAAGAUACCGGCCACCAACCAGACGCCGACCGGCUGGACGUACAGCCCGUGGAGCAAGAGCGGCCACAAGAAGACUCCGCAACCGGACAACGCCGAGUUCGACAUCAACGGCACGGUGGAGUCGUGCCUGAGCGUGCUGAACAACGUGUACGGCGACGGCAUCGCGUGGCACGACAUCGGUUGCUAUCACGAGAAGCCUUUCGUGUGCGAGGACAGCGACGAGCUGCUCAACUACGUGGCCGCCACCAACCCGGGACUCCAACUCUAAUCGUCACCUCCUUCCCCCUUACCCUUACCCUCACCCCAUCACUCGCGAUCAACCCAACACACACACACACACACACACACACACACACACAAGCUCACCGAUACGCAAACAGAAUAGCAAACAAACGGCAGGACGAGCGGCGGCAGGACGUCGAUGCGCCGCGACCUAUGGCGUUAUAUAUAAACAUAUUAAAUUAUAAAUAUUUUGAUUCGUUGGACGGGGGGCGCUGGUCUAUCGUAAAUUCGAUUCGGGAGCGUCCGCGACGGAGGGCGCCGGGCGCCGGUCCAAGCCGAAGUUAAGAUCGCGCAACGCGGAUCGACGCCGCGAGCGCGUCUCGUCUCUGCACCUCGGUCAAACGUCGUUCGAUUAGUGAGACGUCUGGCGCAGGGUUCGCGUCGACCGUCGGCUGCAAGUCGCAAAGGUUCCCGUCGCGUGUGAUCGCACACAAAUGCCAUUCCAGUUUUCUUGUCACGUCGCGCGAUUCGCGUUCCCUGCGAACGACCGCCGACGGCGGCGGCGCGCAGAAAUCAAAUCCGCAACGCGCGACGAUAUUAUACGGCUGUUGUGCGCGUCUCGAGUGUCGUUAAAGUCUCCGACGACACGCGUAAAAAAUGGUCUCACGGGACUCGGUCGCACUCGAACACGCGACACGCGACGCGCAUCUCGCCCCGUCUCGCUCUGUCCCGUCCCGCCCUUCAACCGAUAACCGCUGUUCAUCGUCAUCGUCCCCCCCCCCCCUCAUAUGUCUAUAGUACUAUAUUUAUACUGUCGUACGUGCAUAUAUUAUACGUCUAAGUUUAUUAUUAAUAUAAUUAUAAUUAUUAUUAUUAUUAUUAUUAUUAUUAUUUCUUAUUUUUUUACGGCUGAUGUAUUUUUCGGUUCACUAGAAUUUAGGCACGACUACAGUUGUCGCGACGUAUCGUUCGUUUUUUCUGUAAAACAAUAUGACUACUGUUUUCGUAUGAAUAAACGUUCGGAUGAUACGCA